AUGGCAGAGAAGAACAUCACCUGUGUGAGUGAAUUCCUCCUUAUUGCAUUCACCGACAGGCCUGCGUGGGCCCUUCCUCUCUUCCUCCUGUUUCUGCUCAUCUAUCUCCUGACCUUGUUGGGGAACCUGGGCAUGAUAAGCCUGAUCCGUGCAGAUGGCCGGCUGCACACCCCGAUGUACUUCUUCCUUGGCCACCUCUCGUUCAUGGACGUGUGUUACUCAUCGGCCAUCAUGCCACAGAUGCUGGCUGUGUUGCUGGAACACGGGGCCACGCUGUCCUACUCCCGCUGUGCCACGCAGUUCUUCCUCUUCACCUUCUUCGGCUCCAUCGACUGCUACCUGCUGGCCAUCAUGGCCUAUGACCGCUAUGUGGCCGUGUGCCGGCCUCUGCUCUAUGUCACCGUCAUGACCAAGAAGGCCCUCUGGGGCUUAGUGGCCGGGGCUUAUGGCGCCGGUCUCUCCAGCGCCUUUGUUCGCACGGUCACCGCCUUCACCCUUUCCUUCUGUGGGAACGAGAUUGACUUUAUCUUCUGUGACCUCCCUCCUCUGUUAAAGCUGACCUGUGGGGACAGCUACACCCAGGAGGUGGUCAUCAUUGUGUUUGCCAUCUUUGUCAUCCCUGCCUGCAUGGUGGUGAUCUUGGUGUCCUACCUGUUUAUCAUCGUGGCCAUCGUAAGGAUCCCCUCAGUGGGAGGCCGGGCCAAGACCUUCUCCACCUGCGCCUCCCACCUCAUGGUUGUGUCCCUCUUCUUCGGCACCCUCAUCUUCAUGUACCUCAGAGAUAACUCUGGUCAUUCUUCACAGGAAGAUCGGGUAGUGUCUGUGUUCUACACAACAGUGAUCCCCAUGUUGAACCCCCUCAUCUACAGCCUGAGGAACAAGGAGGUGAAGGAGGCGUUGAGGAAAGUUCUCGAAAGAGCCCAGUUGUCCUGA